AUGCCUACCAUACAAGUUACAUUUCUUAUACAAUAUCACGUGAACAAUUUUUACCAUCACUAUGUUGCUGAAAUAGAUCUUAAGCCUAUGCUUCAGCACGCAGCGCUUCUAUCCUCGAAGCAGAAAUCAAAAUGCUAUGUCACCCAAGAAAUAUUAAAUAGCGUAAAAGAUGUCAGUUGUACCUAUAAGGAUAUAAUAUAUGUAAAUGAUCGAGAAUAUUUUCUUUCCAACAAGACUAUAGUGAACGGAGGAGACAAAUAUAUACUUAAUAGAAGUGACCAUGUCAGAGUGACAUGUACUGGUAGAUAUAAGUACAGUUCUAGUUUAUUUUCACCACGAUGGAAAGGCGUUAAAAUGGGCUUCCGCCCAGUGCAGACAUACCCAGUUCCACCAAAUCGUAAAGAUUCCUACAACGUUAUGAUCUUAGGCUUCGAUUCCACAUCUCACAAUGGAUUUAUAAGGAAAAUGCCGAAAAGUUACAAGUAUAUAUCUGAAAAUGCUGUCACCAUGAACGGUUACAACAUCGUUGGCGACGGAACCCCCGCAGCUUUAUUUCCCAUACUUACAGGCAAGACAGAAGAACAACAUCCCGAUUCAAGAAUAAAAAUAACAAAAAAUGUUUUCAUUGACCACACAUCGUUUAUUUUCCACAAAUUGAAGAGUUUUGGAUAUCAAACAGCGUAUUUGGAAGAUGAGCCACAAAUAGGAACCUUCCAAUACAGGUUCAAUGGUUUUCAACACCAACCAGCAGACCAUUACCUUCGUGCAUUCUUACUAGAACAUAAGAAAGAAUGGUUUCCUGAUCGCUGCUGCAUUGGUGCUAUUCCGGUGUAUGAGUUAUUGAUGAGUAUAUCCACUGAGCUAUUUCAGUUGGAUGGCAAAAAAUUUUGUUUCACAUUUUCAUCAGAUAUUAGUCAUGAUAACUUCGACCAAAUAUCGACAGCAGAUGAAUCACUUUUGUCAUUCAUGAAGACUUUUAGUACUACAAACAUAUUAGAAGACACACUUCUUAUUAUCAUGGGCGACCACGGAAGCAGGUUCUCGAAACUACGUGAAACAUAUCAAGGCAAACUAGAGGAACGUUUGCCCUUACUCUCUAUUUUCCUUCCGGAAAGACUCAAGCGACUCAGACCUGACGCUGUGAGGGCACUAAAUCAGAACGUGGAUAGAGUCACAACACCCUAUGAUUUACACACCACAAUAUUAGAUGUACUAGAUUUGAAGGACUUAAGCAAUAAGUACACAAUCCCUGGUUGUGAUUUACCCAGAUCUUUGAGUUUAUUAGAGCCGAUACCUGCAAACCGCUCGUGCGCCGAUGCUGGCAUCGCUCGUCACUGGUGCACCUGCACAAAGUGGCGCAGUGUGGCUACGUCGUCUCCCAUGUACAAACUGGUACCAACUGCUCUCGCCGAGUAUAUUAACUCUCUUACUUCAGAACUACGAUCGAAGUGCGAAAAAAGACAAAUUACAUCUAUUGGAUCAGUUUUGCUACAAGAAGUCGAGGAUCAGUUACUGAAAUAUGUAUACUUUAUGGAAGAAGAUGCAUUUUUUGGAAAUCCUCAAGUUUCUGCUCCAAAAACACCUUAUGAAUACUAUAUGGCUACGAUCAUAAUGGAUCCUGGACGAGCAGUAUUCGAAGGAUCUGUUAUUUACGAUACACAAACGAAAUUGUUUAUGAUCACUAAGAAUGAAAUAUCAAGAGUUAGUGCAUACAAAAACGAACCGCACUGUAUUAGCGCAACGCAUCCACAUCUAAAUCCAUUCUGCUAUUGCAAAGACCUUCUUUGA